UCCAUUUGUGCCGUUUCAGACAUUAUGUGCCAUCCUCCCCUUAGAAGCCUGCUGUGGUAAAGACAAGCGAGCCAGUAUGUCACCAGGAGAGGGCCCGACAUGUCGCCAGAAGAGGGCCCCGGCAUGUCGCCAGGAGAGGGCCCCGGCAUGUCGCCAGGAGAGGGCCCCGGCAUGUCGCCAGGAGAGGGCCCCGGCAUGUCGCCAGGAGAGGGCCCCGGCAUGUCGCCAGGAGAGGGCCCCGGCAUGUCGCCAGGAGAGGGCCCCGGCAUGUCGCCAGGAGAGGGCCCCGGCAUGUCGCCAGGAGAGGGCCCCGGCAUGUCGCCAGGAGAGGGCCCCGGCAUGUCGCCAGGAGAGGGCCCCGGCAUGUCGCCAGGAGAGGGCCCCGGCAUGUCGCCAGGAGAGGGGCAUGUCGCCAGGAGAGGGCCCCGGCAUGUCGCCAGGAGAGGGCCCCGGCAUGUCGCCAGGAGAGGGCCCCGGCAUGUCGCCAGGAGAGGGCCCCAGGAGAGGGGCAUGUCGCCAGGAGAGGGCCCCGGCAUGUCGCCAGGAGAGGGCCCCGGCAUGUCGCCAGGAGAGGGCCCCGGCAUGUCGCCAGGAGAGGGCCCCGGCAUGUCGCCAGGAGAGGGCCCAACAUAUUGCCAGUAA